AUGUUGUCACUACCACUUCUCGCGCCUCAAAAUGAAUACUCCUUCUUCCUCUCCCCCCACCUACGCCCACCACCUACCCCAAAUGAUCGUUCCUCGCACACGACAGACAACGAUGCAGCUCAGCAAUCCCGCCGUCAGAAUCAUCUUCAGUCCUCUGCGCCGACACGGCAAUCUCUAGCCCAACUCCUCGCAGAUGAACAUGCCAUCAGUAGUCGCAAACACAAUAUCCGUCGCUUUGGCGCUGGUUGGAUAAAGCCGCCAGGAGUUGCAAAGACACUACAAGCAGAGACCGAGGAAAAAAUUGAGAGGGAGGAGCAAGAGGCACAGCAGAGGAGGGAGCAAAUGAUGAUGGAUAUGCAAGCCCAACAAGAAGUUGAAGAGGCGAGGAAUAGAGCAAAUGCUACUGCUGAAGAGGAGAAUGGCGGGGAAGAAGAGCAAGAGGAGAGGGAUCUGGACGAGGAGAUUCCCGAUGCUGAUGUUGAGGAUGAGGAAAGCGAGGGUGACGAUAUGACUGAUUCUGACGAGGAAGAGGAGGAACUGCAGAGUGAGAUGCAGAGCGAAAUGCUGUCACAGAUACACAGCGAGAUUCCCAUUGCUGAAGACAUAACUUUCAACGAGGAGAGUAUGUUUGCGGAUACGAGUAUGGCUGCUCUGGAUGAAGAGUCACGGGAACAAGAGAGGUAUCGUCAUCUGCAAGAGGCAGAGCUGACGGGUGUGGCUCAAGACGAACUCGAUCUGGGCAUUGAGAGGGACUUGGACGAUAGUGUGCCCGAGGCCGGCAGUUAUCAACAUACCGAUAGCGAACUUGACGAUUCUGACGACGACGAGGAGGACGAAUCAGAGGGAGAGGGAGAGCAGAGUCAAUUGCAACAGCAUGAAGAUGAGCAGAGCGAAAUGAUUGGAGCAGUCAUGCAGCGCAGUCGCAGCAGUCUGUUGAGCAGAGACGUGAGCUCUCUACUCGACAGCUCCUUUGUCACCAGCAGUCCUGCUCCUGUCGGUCGUCUGAGGUCCACUGGGCACAGAGGAAACCAGAGUCAGGUUCCGAGAUGA